CGCCUUACGUUUUCUACGGCAUUUUUCACCCAGAGGAGGAGGAGGGAGCCAGAGAGCUAAAGACCCGACGCCUGGGCUAAGAAGAUUCAGUUGUGAACGAACCGUGAGUAUUAUUUUGUAACACAUUAGAGGAGAAGGGUGCUUCGGCCGAGCAACAGUUCUAUGAAUUUCAUGUGUGUGAUAUUCGUGACUGUGAAAAGCUUCGUAGAAAACGAGGCGGUUGUAACCACGUGACGUCACAGCGCCCUUGAGAAAAAGUAGGAAAAAAAAAGAACGUCGCAGUUCUCGACCUGAUUGACUCGUGAAAAGUGGGCCUCAAACGACGCAGUGAUAUAUACUACGGUUCGAAGAAAAGUCUAAAUAAACAAAGCAAGAAAGGAAAUCUAGUUAUUGGCAUCCCCCCGUCGUGGUGUGUACCCCGUCCGAGUACACCUACACCGAAACCGGUCAGUUUCUGGCCGUUGUGAGCUAUUUGCACCGCAACGGAUAAACUGGCCUGUCAUAGUCCUCGUGGUAUCAAGACGGAGUCGGAAUUGAACUGAAAAAUAACAGAUUGCUAAAGAUUAUAAUAACGGUUUGAUGAGCGGCGAAACCAUUCCCAACUCGCCCUGACGAAAAAAGACAGAUUGUGUGACUGGAACUCCAUUUCCUCUUGCUGACCUUAAAAUACCACCCCCCAUAAAAAAAUAUACGUUACAGAUGAGUGUCUUUAACUAAACCCUUUGGAGGGUUGAGGUUCAUUCUGAAACCCUUCGAAGAUAACGCGUCCACUCUUCUCCUCGGCCGUCAGGAGGUUCUGCAGGGCGCCGGCGUUGGUGGCAACCUUCUUCUCCAGUCGAACCCUCAUCCUCUUCUCUCUUUUCCAAGCCCGUCUCUGUAAGCACCAGUUGUAGGACCCUCGCUGCUGCUGCCUCUGCCGUUGCUGCUACUUCUCCUUCUUCUUCUUCUUGUUCUUCCACUUCUUCAGUAGCAGCUCCUGGUCAAAGGGGAAAAAGUCGGCGCCAUGCAGGGAAAAUCGUCUGGACCACCGAGGAUCAAGUCGGAGAGGAGCGUGGUGUUCAGCCCGAGCAUCACCAUGGUAGAAGUGGAGACCAAUGGAGACGGGGAUAACACCAGUCUGAAGCCUUCAGACGGACCCGCCAAGUUCGUCAUCGGCGCCAGCGAUGAGGACUUCGAGGAGACGGAAGCCGGGGAGGCACACAUGAAUGGGAUCAGGCCAGACAGGAAAUCGUUGGGAAGCAAAUCGCUGGAUGCACCUCAGAGGGCGACUCAUGUCGUACCUCCUGACGGAGGCUGGGGAUGGGUUGUGGUGGCGGCUUCCUUCAUGUGCAACUUGGUCGUAGACGGCAUCAUCUUCUCGUGCGGGAUGCUGCUGCCAGAAUUGCAGCAGGCCUUCAAUGCUUCCAUGACCGAGGUGUCGUUGGUGAGCUCCAUGCUGGGCGGUUUCUACCUCAUCGUCGGGCCAUUUGUGUCGGCUCUAGCGAACGCCUAUGGAUUUCGGACAGUGUGUAUCGUGGGAGCUAUCAUCUCGUCAUGCGCCUUCGGUCUGUCCUACUUCGCAACCAGCAUAUACUUCUUACACUUCUCUUUUGGAAUCAUUGGAGGUACCGGCUUUGGCUUUAUUUAUGUACCUGCAGUGAUUGCAACUGGAUUUUACUUCGAGAAAAGGCGCGCCCUUGCAACAGGCAUCGCGGUGUGUGGCUCGGGAAUAGGCACCUUCAUAUUUGCUCCUUUAAACAGCUACCUCAUCACCAACGUAGGAUGGAGAAUGGCCUGCCUGGUGUAUUCUGGCAUUUCUCUGACCUGUGCUUUCUUUGGGCUUGCAUUCCGGCCACUGGAGCCCAUAGCUAUUGCUGACGACUUAGAACCAAAAGGAACUCCUUUAUUAAUGAGGAUUAAGCGGGCUCGAGAUGAGCAACUAAGGCAGUGUGCGUCUGCUCUUUCUAUGGCAUCUAUGAAUUCAAAGUCUACAAUCGAUGAGCUGGGCGGAAUGGAAAUCAAGGGUAAUGGAGUCCUUGCUCGCACUCUACUAGAACGUCAUGGUGGUGGCUCACACAAGAGAUAUAGUUUUCCUGGUAUUGUAGUCAGUGGACCUGACACAAUUCAUGAAGAAACUGAAACCUGUCUUAUAGAGCCUGAAGAAGAAAAAUGCUUGACAACUGUCAGUGGUGAGGUGGAUGGAUCAAGUGCUAAGAUGCUGGACAACAACAAAAAUGAAACUGAAAUUAAAAACAUCCAAGGGACUACAGACCAAGCGAGUGGAAGUGAAGCUUGUUGUAAACCUAACUAUCCCAGGAAUAAAAGUGCUCCUGCUCUUGCCCUGCAAAACAGCAGUUUCUCAAGUGAGCACCGCCGUCCUUCUCGCUCAGCAAUUCGCGCAGAAAUGUCAAGGCCUUUCUAUAGAGAUGACAUUUUCUACUCUGGUUCUUUGAUGAGGCUCCCACAAUAUCAGAGUUCGGAAACCAUAGAAAAAUAUCAUAUGUCUGUUACACAACUUCCUCCUAUGGAGGACAUAGCUGAAGAGGAGAUCUCUGGGGGCCGCUGUAGGUGCUGUCCUACUGCUGUUACAAAUGUCAUCAACCGAAUAUUUGACUUUUCACUGCUUACUUCGCCUACAUUUGUGAUCCUGAGUAUUGCUGGAUUCUUGUCCCUGAUGGCUCUGUUUGUACCUUUCAUGUUCCUGCCAGGAUAUGCUUCAAAACAAGGAUCAGAUGAGGGAUCACAGGCAACAUUAGUGGCCACAAUUGGCAUCACCAACACAGUUGGAAGGAUAAUUUGUGGCUGGGUCUCUGACCAUCCAAAGGUUGAUGCUCUGUUUGUAAACAAUUUGUCACUUAUGCUUGGUGGAGGAGCAACUGUGAUCCUUCCCUUCUUCUCAGAUGAGUCCUUACUGCUAUGCUAUGCUGUGGUCUUUGGUUUUGCUGUAGCGGCUUUUGCAUCACUUCGUUCCAUACUGUUAGUAGAACUACUAGGCCUGGAGAAACUUACAAAUGCUUUUGGGCUUCUGCUACUCUUCCAGGGAAUUGCUGCUUUGUUUGGCAGUCCUACAGCAGGUGCCUUCGUUGAUGCAACGAAGUCCUAUGACUUAACCUUCUAUGUCUUUGGUGGCAUAUUUGCCUUCUCUGGCUUCAUGUGCAUUCCACUGCGUUAUCUGAAGAAAUGGGAGGACAAACGAAAUGAAAAGAAAUUAGAGGAGAAAGAUCAAAAUAGAAUCUAGAUAACUUAUCCCAAAGACUUUGUGAACAGCCAGCUAGAGAUGAUGAUGUGCAAAACCUAGCACUCCAGUAGAUAACAUGCAGUAGGAAAAGGCAGCUUCAACUGUUACACUAGACUUACGUUACCAUGGAAUGGUUGCAGUAAGUUUUAAAAAAUGCACAAAUGCUUUAUUUUUUCUUAAAUUGAUAACUCAGCACAGUGUGGCCAACUCUAAAGCCGUAUCAAAUAACGAAGGAUUGUCUUUAGUUGGACUCCAGCAACUACUUGGAUGCUACCCGAGUAGCUGGGACCACAGGUUUGUACUGUAUAUAUUUGAAGUUUUAUUGUGGAUAGCUACCAUAAAUGUGUGUGACUUAUCGAUGAUUUAUGACAGAAGUAACUGUCAAGUGCAAAAUAUUGCCUUUCAGUAAUUUUAAGGAUUCCAUUUUGUAACCUAUGAGAUAUUUCACAAAAAUUUUGUUACUUAUGAUACACCUAGCAACAGGACAGGAAGUUACAGACUAAAAAUAAAACCUUUAAAAGUUAAUUUGGAAAAUUAAUGCAUUAUACAUCAGGAGUGGACAAUACACUUUAAAAGUGCAGCAAGUGAUUGACUUACAAUGCUGAAUUGUAGAAAAUCCCGAUCCCUUAUGUAAGAGGAAAGACAGAUGGAAUGACCCCAGAAAUUUAUUUUUAUGAUAGAUCAGUUGCUGUUCUUUUAGAGGAACCAGAGUUUUAAUGAUCUUACUUUUGCAUUAAAAAGUUUCAGCAUGGGUGGUAAGUUUCAACUUGAAGCUAUCCACUUAGAAGGGAUGACAAGGAACUAACUACUACUUUGUUACACAGUAGUUAACAGUGGUAGUUUUUAGCAACAAACCGUAGUAGCAUUCAUAUUUUAUGCUAUGGUAAUUCUUUCUUUAUACCAAUGCCAUAGUGGCAGACUUUUUACUCAUAAAUGGUAGCUAGCAUCAACUUCACUGCCUUAAGAGGCCUUCCUUUGUGAAAUCCAACUUUAUUAGAAAAUGACAUAGUGAUUUAUGAAAGGAAUGCAAAAUUGUUCAAUUAAUAGUUCUGUUACAUCAUGUAGUGAUGGAGAUGGCUAAGUUACUGUGUAACUUUUAUUUUGAACCAUUUUUAGUGAGCGCCUGCGUAAAAAUCCUUAAUCUAUACUCAUGAAUGCAAUAAAAAGAUGGCAUCAAACUUUGUAGAAGUAUCUUGUAUGGUCUUUGACUGAAAAUCGAGUACCUGCAGCAUAAAUUUUGCAAAUGAAUAUGGUCUCUCCACAGUGCUGAUUGUCAUCUUUAUAAUCAUUUGCACUGAGCUACAGUAGUACAUAAUGUUUUCAAGCCAGCAGAAUUGAUGAUCCAUCAUUCAAGUAGAUAAUAAUUGUGAUAAAGGCAGGUAGAUUUAGUUUUUUGUUGUAUAGUAGUAUAUAUCAAAAGCUUAAAAACAAUGGGAGUUUAUACAAUUUUCAUGUUCUGUUCUGAAAAGAUCCAUGUUGACAUAAGUUUAGGCAGUUCUCAAAGUGUAGGAAUUUUGUUACAAAUUAUACAGCAGGAAAAAGUAUAUUAUCUAUAGUUUAUGAAAGUUAACAGUGAAAAUAAUAAUAGCAUAGCACAUUAUGUAGCAUUCCAAAGAAACAACUAGACCCAGAUUCCUAUAUGGAAAUUUACAUUCCUGACUAUGAUUGGGAGAAGUCUUUCUUACAGUUUUUUUUUAACCUUUUAGUCAGUGAGGAUGGAACCGUCAUUACAGCCUUCUCUUUAACUCACCUCUGUGAUUACCAAGUUUCAUAGUAUUUAUGUGAAGCAUUCUUCAGGUAUCAGUUACUGGAGAUAUUGACAAACAUGGUGGUUGUUGGAAUGAAGUAAACUGAUUGAAUGUCUGAGAUAAGGAACCCGGACAUGGUUAUUUGUUAAAUCUCGGGUAUUAUCUGCCAAAGUUCUUCAUUUCCAAUUAGGAAUAUGGGUCUCCUUAGUUUCCUUUGGGAGCUGUGUGGUAAUAAUUGCCAAACAUUUAGCAUUUUCCCAAAUUAUAGAUAGGUUGUUUUUAAUUCCCUUGUACUAUUAUCAAAAUUUGGAAUGCUUGAAACACUUUGAGACAAAACAAAAUUAUUCUAAAAAUUUUAUUAUCCUUUGCUCUUGCUCUAUUUGAGAACAUAUCUCGUUUAUUUUUUGUAGUAGUACAUGGACUCUCUCUCCUACCUCAUUAAUAUUUGAGUGCAAAACCUCAAUUACAAAAUAUAUUUCUUGUGAGACUGAAUAUUUUUGCUAAUUUCAACUUUUCAAGAAAGUUAUAAUUUUCAAACCACCAGAUUGAAGUUAUAGUUUUACUAAAGAAUAUAACAAAAGGCAAUUGUAAACUGCUUGUCGAGUUUAUUACCAUUGUUUUUGUAGCCAUCUUCAAAAUGAAGAGAUUCAAUGAUGACUUCAUGGAAAUAGGUGGUACCAGAGAAGUUGUAUUAGGAGUGAAUUUAUUCUUUUGUGUCUGGCAUGUGCUGUGCAGAUGUACAGAUAAGAGGUUGUUUGUGUCAAUGUAAGUCAUAAUAAUGCUUCUUUGCUUCCUAUAUUCACAUCUUACAUUUUUCAAAUGUUUGUACAUUACAAAUGCAUAAAUGUAGUGUACAUACGUAUGUAAUUCUACUACAUCAAAAGGCUGUCAGUUCAUCAAGGGAAUAUAAAAAUAUUUAUAUUGUACUGAAACCUGAGAUUUUAUCACUGUUACAAUUCAUAUUCUCAUGGAACCCUCAUAUGUCGUAGUGACCUCCUGCAUGUAUCUAUAUAUCCCCAUUAUGUGUAAUACAUGGAAUAGGCAUCACAUCACAUACUUAUAUACAGUACUCGACAUGAUAUUAGGCCGCUUUGCGUCAAGUGGCCUAAUAUCGUCAAAUGUUGAAGGAACAGAAAAGUUACGACGAAAUUUCGUCAGUUCAUUGGGCAGUUUACGUGUAGAGAAAGGGGUGGAGAGUGGACACUGAAAAGGCGAGAGCGCUCAGUCACAUGUUUGGAGGUUUAAUAAGAGCCUGUAUAUAUUCUUUGGUCAGCGCUCCCACCGUAUUUUUGCCCCCUGUGACCUUAAUAUGGGCCAAGAUGAUGAUUUGAGUCAACAGAUAAUAGCAGAGAUGUGCUUUUGAAGCAAUCUGGCCUUAAAGCAAAGCAGAUAUAUGAUUAGCUUGGUGGGAAGAGGCAUUCAGUUCAACGCAGUUGCCAGAUUUAGUGAAGGUGGUAACCAUGAGAUUCCAUCUCAGAAAAAGCACCCUGGCAUCCCUAAGAAGACUUCGGAUUGAAGUUUGACUAUUCUCAAGCGUCAAUUACUUUCUUCAUAACUUCACCGUUCCUUCAAAAUUCGACAAGAUAUUAGGCCACUUGAUGCAAAGCUGCCUAAUAUCUUGUCAGGUACUGUACAUUAAGAAUUAUUAUAACUGGUGAAUUUUGCAUGUGCAUCUCUUGAACCAAGGCAUACAUGGAACACUAUACUACUACAACUACUAGUGUAAAUUGUGCAAUAUGUAGUCAAAAUAUCUACCAGCAGAUGCAAAUUUAGUUGAAAUCCCAUUGUAAAAAGAAAUAAGGUAUACAGUACGUUUAUUUUGUAUAAAAAGAUUUUAAGUCCUUGUCCUCUUAAAGGGAAGAUGAUAACUACAUCAUAUGUUUUAACUUUUUUAUAACAUUGCAUUAUUCAUUUGAAUUUUAAACUUUAAAUAUUUAAUUAAAAGAACAUGUUAAAGGAAGUAACCAGUAGACUGCUCACAAGAUUUUCUAUGCUUUGUAUAUGCCUUACAAGAUAGCCUAAGAUUCUCUAUUUUUUUCCAUUUAUCAACUGUAAUGUUUUGUUAAAUUUUGUAAGGUAACUUGUAAGAAAAAUCACAGGAAAUUAGUUGUGUGCCAUUCAGCAUGGGAAGGUUUAGUUAGCAGACUUGACUGCUGUACUGAUAUAUGAGGGAGUUAACAUUUACCCCCAAACUAGAGAAGAAACAUUUUGUAAUAAAUUCCUAAAGACUUAGUUAUAAAUCUUAAAUUUGCAUGAAUGAUGAUAUACUUCCAUGUACCAGUAUUAUUCAAACAAUAUAACGUUGUAAAGUAAUGCACUUUUUAAACAUGGAUAUUUUGAGUUUGUACAGAAAAGAUAAGUCAAAAUGUUAUGUCACCACAGAAUGGCUUCAUCAAAAUAAAAGCAAUAUUAAACAGUAAAACAUCUCCAGCUACAAAAUGGUGCUUCCUAAUAGCACAUUGUCAGAUUCUGCUUAAAGAAAAGGAUCUUUGAACAUGUUCAUCUGGUAAUAUGCGUAUAUGGUACAGUACUUGCAAAUCAUCAAAUACUGUUCAGAGGUCUGCAAUAGAAAUUAUCACAACAAUUGUCACCAGGUACUUUUUAAAGUUCUUGAAAGAGCAUAAAUACUGCAUGGCUGAAAACUGGAUCUUAUGUGGGAAACCAAAAUGUUAAAAUACUCCUUUGAUUUGCAAAUCGAUAGUUGUAAAUAGAAAAAAUACAGCUUAACAGCUGUGAAGAAUCAGGUGUAAAUACCUUUUUGGAACAUGCUGGGAUCUGGUAGUAGUUUGAUAAUAUACUGUAGCAUCCAUGAGGAUUUUCCUGGAGCUAAUUAACUUUUUGGGGGAAAUUUAACUGAACCAUUCUUCCCUGGGGACUGGUUAACUCAACAGAUAGUCCAUAGAAAAGAUACUUCCUUUGGUGAGGCAGUAACCAGCUCACUCAAGCUGCUUCAUCAAGCAUGCUUUUGUUCAUCAAACUUUAAUUCACUGAAAACUAUAACCCUUAUGGCAGCACCAGCUGGUAUUAGCAGUUGUUAGUGUUUUGUGCUCUGAUUUUUUUCCAACACUUGUCUGGUAAUGUACAAUUUCUUAGGAUUCACUUUUCAUAUAUAUCUGUGGUGCUAUCUGUGAAGAUUAUUGGUCAUUAUUCAUGUAUAUCUGGCACUAAAUUUUUCCCCUUGGAAGUUGAUGCAUGGUUCAUGCCAAAAAUUGGCCUUUUCCUUGGAUUAAGUCCCGUAUAUGUCCACAAAAAUAAUCUGGGGCUCUGUUUAAGUGCAAUGUACAAAAAGUCAACUAAAUGUAAUUUUUUGUAAUAUAUAAAUUUAAUACAUAAAUCAGCAAUACUUCUUUUAUACUAUGGACAUAACAUGUAUGUAGCAAAUAAAGGAAGUGAUAUUCUUCACAACUGACAUAGAGCUUAUGAGCAUAUCUUUUUUUUCAAAAAGAUAAUUGUACCAUUUGUGAGCUCAUGAAUGUAGUUGUUAAUUUAGUGUUAAGGUUAUGUGAUAAAUAACAUUACUGUUACAUUUAAAAAAACUUUAGAAUAAUUUAUAAUUUGUUAUGUAUUUAUACUUUUUAAUACUGACAUUUAGAAGUUUUUCAAGCAAUAGUUUAGCGAGGUAUUUUCAUGAAAUUUCUGGAGUUUUAUUGCUACCAGAAUUGGUAAUAUUUCUGAUAAAUAAAUGUGCCCUAAAAAUGUAGCUCUCUUGGAAAUUUGACCAACUCUUGCCCAAGUAUUGUAAUGGCUUGAAUAGUACACGCAAUAAUGUAUUUCACAAAGUUCUUGCAACUGCAAUUUUCCAUUUGUGGAUAUUGAACUAAGAUGCAAAUGUGUAGGUUUGCAUGUAACCCAUUAGUGGGAGCUAGAAAAUUAUGAUGAAUGUAAAUAAGAUUCACUCCUUAUCUAAACCUGGAAACUAGUGGAUGAGACUUCACCUAUGACAUAGGAGGGUUGUAGUCCAUGUAAAAGGUGAUUCUAGCCAGGCAGGGCUGAAAUGGCACUUUUUUUUUUUUUUUUUUUAAGGCAAACUCAUAAUUACGCUUAGAGCAUUUCCACUUCUUUUGUGCCAUAAUGGAAAUAAAAGGUUAUAGUUCCACUAAAUUUUCUGGUAUUGUAUGUUUACUAGUCCUAAUUUAGUGACCACUGUUUAUCAUAUCUAAUAUAUAUCAUUAACCUACUUUUAUUAUGUUAGAAUAGCAUUUGGGCAAAGGACUUGAAAGUUCAGUGUUAGAUCCCUGAAGGUUCUAUGGUAAGUUUUACUGUAUUGUACUUAAGGCACAUUUGGUGCUUUAAUUCAUAUGGAUGCCUUUUUUUUGAGUAAUAAAGACAUUUUUACAA